AUGGCAUGGCUCCGGCGCGGCAACGGUGUCGCAAUCUCCACGGGGCAGCGCAACGGGCAGCCGACGACCGGCGAACGAUUUUUCCCCCGUACCCCACCCCACCGACACCUGCUGUCCGCCCCCACGCCAUCGAUCCUGCACCCACUGCCGGCUCCGUCCGCCGCCCUCCAACGGCUCCCUGCACCAAAUCCCGCCCUCCACUGGCUCCCUGGCCAGAUCCCGCCCGCCACCUCCCUGCCGGCAGAUCCCGUCCGCUGCCCGCCGCUGGCUCCGUCCUCCUUCCCCGCGUCCUCCCUGCCCGCCUCGCGUCCUCCCUGGCCGCCUCGCGUCAGUCCGCCGGCACCUCGCGUCCUCCCUGCCCCCUGGCUCGCGUCCUCCCUGCCCGCUUGGCAUCAGUCCGCUGGCGCCGCCAGCUCCUUCCGCCGGCGGUCGUGGCCAGGCUCAUCGGGCACACGGCGGCGAGCGGGCGGGCGGGCUGUGAGCUCUCCCAGGGAUGUUUGUGCAAACACCAAGAGUCCACAUUGUAGCCAUGGAGGGAUGGUUAUGGAGUGUCUUUCUGGUUCUGAUGGCAAGGAAGCCAUUGCCAAAGCAGCAAACUUACUAUACUCAGCUUCCAGCAAAGGCUGCAAUAGCUAUACAACCUAUACUCGUGGAUAUGAUAAAAUGGAUACUGUUUUUACAGAAGCUCACAUGGCUAGUGCAUUGAGAGCAGUAGGUUGUGGCGGGCCAGAACCUGAUCUUAUUCUUGUGUAUGGUCCAGUUAGAUGUCAUUUGGGAUUUCCUGCUUGGAGAUUACGGUACACAGAGAUAAUGCAUAUGGGGCCACUGAAAUAAAUGAAAUACAGUUCCAUCGUGAAAGUCUUGUGUCAGUUUGCACAGAAACAUCAAAAUUAUGGUACAUGACGGUGGAUACUUGUGUAAAAGAGGACCCAUUUGUUGUGUACAAGGACAUGCUUCCGGACUGGAACUGACCUCCAUCUACGGGCAUCGAUCCUGUCAUGGCGGCUAUCCACUUUGCGCUGCCUUUUUGUAGCAUCGAAGGGAAACUGAUUUUGGUUUCAUUGGGAUGGAAAACUCGCAGACUUGCAGUUCCGUGGUGAAAGCGCUCAUGGGCUCAUGGCUGAUACAUGGAGACUGUAUUUCAUUGCAGAAAACUAAAUUAACUCCCAUCGUUUGUUGUUGUACACUAUCCUGUAUCAAAUAGAAAUUAGUGUGUUGAUAAAUUUUAUGUUUGAUGAUUUAUUACAUACCGGUCCUUAGUAAUACUCAGGCAAUUGGUAUUACCCUGGUUGUAUAUAGGGCAUAUUUUGUUUAUUUUUUAACUGGGAAUUGCAAUGUGUAUCAGUGUGCUUCUCUCCUAUGCUCAACCUAUAUUUGGAGGCUUUAAA